GACUGUUAUUUUGACUUAUAUCUUGAACCGCACGGCACGUCUACAUCCUGGUCUUCCAGGGAUUUAUAUAUAUUGCAUUCUGUAUUAUCUAAGCAACUCCACGGCUCACUAAAGAAACAGAGAGAUAUGGAUAUUCCUGGGAUGAGCAAGCCUCAUGCAGUGUGCAUCCCCUACCCAGCUCAGGGUCACAUAAACCCAAUGCUCAAACUAGCAAAACUACUCCAUCACAGUGGCUUUUACAUUACUUUUGUUCACACUCAGCAUAACCAGAGACGCUUGCUUAAGUCUAGAGGCUCCAACUCCCUUCCUGGCCUUCCUGACUUUGUCUUUGAAACCAUCCCGGACGGUCUACCUCCGACUGAUGCUGAUGCUAGCCAAGACAUUGCAUCUCUUGUUGAAGCUACCUCAACGAAUUGCUUAGUCCCAUUCCGUGAGCUUCUUGCUAAACUUAACUCGUCCUCUGAUAUUCCACCAGUUUCUUGCAUAAUCUCCGAUGGUAUCAUGACUUUUACUCUUAAAGCUGCUGAAGAAAUUGGAGUCCCUGAUGUUCUUUUUUGGACUACAAGUGCUUGUGGAUUCUUAGGCUAUGCAAAUUCUAAGAAUCUUAUUGAAAGAGGCCUAGUACCACUUGAAGAUGUGAGCUAUUUAACAAAUGGGUAUCUGGAGACUACCAUCGAUUGGAUUCCAGGUAUGAAAGAUAUUCGUCUGAGGGACUUGCCGACUAUAAUUCGCAUAACAGAUGGAAAUGAUUCAAUGCUAAAAUUUGCGAUUAGAGAGAUAGAGAAAGCCUCAAAAGCUUCAGCCAUUGUUUUAAAUACUUAUGAUGAGUUAGAAAAUGAAGUUUUGCUUGGUCUUUCAUCUAUGUUCAGCCCUCCAAUUUACACCCUGGGUCCUCUCCAGUUGCUUCUUGGUAAAAAUUCUUCAGAGAAUGAUGUAGCAUCCAUCAGUUCCAAUCUGUGGAAAGAAGACACUGAGUGUCUCCAAUGGCUUGAUUCCAAGGAACCCAAUUCAGUCGUUUUUGUAAAUUUUGGCAGCAUGACUGUCAUCACAUCGCAACAACUUGUAGAGUUUGCGUGGGGACUAGCUAACAGCAAACAAAACUUCCUCUGGAUAAUAAGGCCUGACCUUGUCCAAGGUGAAUCCGCAAUUUUGCCAAAAGAGUUCCUUGAUGAAACCAAAGAAAGAGGUAUGAUGGCAAGCUGGUGUCAGCAGGAACAAAUCCUAAAGCACCCAUCAAUUGGAGGGUUUCUAAGCCAUAUGGGAUGGAAUUCGACGACUGAAAGCUUGUCAAGCGGAGUUCCAAUGGUUUGUUGGCCAAUUGGCGGUGAGCAGCCUACUAACUGCAGGUUUGCUUGUACUGAAUGGGGUAUUGGUAUGGAGAUAGAUAAUGAUGUGAAGAGAGAUGAAGUGGAGAAGCUCGUAAAGGAGUUAAUUGAGGGAGAGAAGGGUAAAGAAAUGAGAAAGAAGGCAUUGGAGUGGAAGAGAAAAGCAGAAGAAGCCACAGCUCCUAAUGGUAGAUCAUAUAUAAAUUUAGACAGAUUGAUCAAGGAGGUGUUACUGUCAACAAGACAAUAGAUAGGUGAACACAACCACAAAUGGAACCUCUGUUUCUUUUUUCUUUUUUUUUUUUUAUGAAAUUAAAACCUCUGUUUCUAAUUUUUAUGAAUAAGGUGUGCAUAUUGUACUAUAGAUUUUUUAAGAAAGUGAGGAUUUGAAUCCUACUUAUCUACCAUUGAUUAUUUUUCUUAUUUA